AUGAUUCCAACCAAGACUAUUACCGUGUAUGGCGCUACUGGAGCCCAGGGCGGUUCGAUUGCUCGAUCCCUUCUGCAAAGUACAGCUGGGUUCCAUGUGCGUGCAUUGACUCGCAAUCGCGCUUCACCAAAGGCACAAAAGCUAGCUCAACUUGGAGCUGAAGUGAUCCAAGCCGACGGCUUCAAUCGAGAUGAGAUGCGUAAUGCCUUGAAGGGCUCUUGGGGCUUCUGGUUAAACACAGACCAUCAUGACCCAGCCUUCUCCACCACCGAUGGUGCGGACGAUACCUCUUAUGGUAAAACCUUGAUCUCCCUGGCCGCUGAGGUAGGAGUCAAGGUUCUGAUAUACAGCACUUGUGAAUCGUCGACCGAGCACUCGCUCGGUAAAGCGGUUGUGAAAGGCAUGGACGAAAAGAACAAGGUCUUCCGAUACGGCGUCAGCCAGCACGCGUUUGAUGCUGUGAUCGGAGCCAUCCCUGGCUGGUAUAUGGAGAACUUCCUUUCGCCAGAGUAUUCGGCGUGCUUCGGCGGCUUCCCUCUUCAACCGGACGCGGAAGGCUACCUAACGUUCUCAAGCCCACGUCUGGGUGGUCCUGGGGAUGUGCCCUGGAUUGCUGUCGAGGAAGACUUCGGUGAUAUUGUCCACGGGUUGUUCCUGGAUCCUACCUCCUACCACGGCCAGACAGUGCAAUGUUUCAGCGACACCAUCACAUUUGAGAACAUGGCAGAGACAUUUACUAAGGUGACCGGCAAAAAGGCCCGAUUUGUGCCCCUGGCGGCCCCCGAUGACUUCCCCACCCACGGCAUGGAAGUCUUGGAGGAAAUCCGUGAUAUUUACGCUUUCACGCAGCACAUGGGCGGUAAUUUCUAUGGUCACCCCAACGCAAUUGAGAACAGCAAAGCUUUGAAGAAGGCGGCUCUGAAGGCCAAGGGUCAGCCGGAUGAUAAACUGAUCAUGAUCCGUGAAUACUUUGAGAAGCAUUUUCUCUAA